AUGACUGGAACAGACUCUGGCCGCUUCGCGCCUAAGGUGCCUGUCGAACUUGAUCCUCCCAAGGACGACUUGAUUACCACAGAGGAGCUGGCCAAGUGUGAUGGCACUGAUCCCAGUCGUCCCACCUACGUCGCCAUUAAGGGAAUCAUUUUUGACGUGAGUCGCAACUCGGCAUAUGGUCCUGAGGGGCAGUACAAAGUCUUCGCCGGUAAAGACGCCUCUCGCGCCCUGGCCUGCUCAUCCCUCAAGCCCGAAGAAUGCAGGCCUGAGUGGUACGAUCUCGAAGACAAGGACAAGAAGGUGCUAGAGGAAUGGUUCACAUUCUUCAGCAAGAGAUACAACAUCGUGGGGAAGGUGAAGGAUGCUAAGAACUACUAG